AUGAGUCCUAAAAGUGAUGAAUGUAAUGAUUUAACAUUAUAUUGCAUAAUGGAUGAAAAAUAUAAUAUUAAUCCUAGAUUACCUAGAUGGUUUGAAUUAAAUGGAUAAGAAACAUUAUUUUUUAUUUAAGCAGAUCCAUUAGAUCCAAAAGAUUUCAAUUCAAAUUAUGAAGUAUCUUCUAGUAAAGUUGUUGAAAUUCAAACAGUUAAUUCUAUUCCAAGUGGAAUGAUGCCAUUAGAAGUGAAUUUGGAUGUACAUUAUUAUUAAGUUACUAAAACUCAAAAGAGGAUAAUUACAGGAUCAGUAACAUUUACAAAUUUUUAUAAAUUGAGUGAAGAUUAAAAGGCUGGAAAGGCAGAAAUAACAUAUAAUCUAAUAUUCAAUUUUAUAUCAAUGACUUAAGGAUAAUUAGUUAAUAAUUUUGCACUUGAAUGGCCAGUUUAUUUCAUUUUGUACAUGAUAAUAGGAGCAAUAUUAACAAUGGAAGUAGCUAUUUUUCUAUUUUAUCAUUAUAUUACAAAUAGAAAGAGACCAAGACCUAAAAUUAAUCUAUUAAUAUAUAUUAGAAUAUUUUGGAUAAGUAGUUUAUAUGGUAUAUGUUUGGCAUUUGUUCCUGCUUUGACAGUUUAUAUUUUGAUAUCAAUAAUAAUGGCAGGAAAGAUAUGGAAUACUGAUUUAAGUUUAAGUUGUAAUAUGACACCAUAUUCUGAAUCUGAUGAUGGAUGUGCAGUAGUUUUUUUUGAUUUAUUCAAAAAUCAAUAGAAAUAUACAAGUGAUUAAUUUGGAUUACUUAGAAAUGCUAGAAGUGGAAUUGCAAUGAUAACAGUUGGAUUAUAUAUUGUUUAUUUCAUUAGUGGUAUUUAUAUUCCAGAAAUUGAUCCUGAAGAAGAUUAUAAUGGAAAUGUUAAGAAUGUAAGAUUAUGGAAACGUAGUCGUAUUUUAUAUUGUCUUGCCUUUAUUACAACCAUUAUACUAAUAAUGACUUAAUUUUCUUAUUCUGAUCUCUUUGCCAAAAAUGCCUAUAUGUUUCUAAUAUUUCUAAAAAUUAUAUAAAUGAUUUUAGAAUAUAUUUUAGAAGUUUAUUUUGACAACAAUUUAAUUUCAAGUCCAAUUGGUGUUAUAUUUAGUACUUAUAUUAAUGUGGCUACAAUGGGUAAUCCAACAUUUUAUGAUUUCUUAUUAUCUACUAUUGUAGAUAAAGGUAUAGAAAUGGUUGAAAGAGCUUAUGUAAUUAAGAUUUAGGAUAUUGUAACUGAAGAAUUAGAGUAAUAAUUUGAUAAAGUGUAUAAAAUGUUAAAAAGAUUAUUAGAUGAAGAAGAAGAAGAUUUUGAAUUAGAAGAUGAAAAAUUAGUGGAAAUGUAAAAAGUACUUAAAACUAAUGAAGAUGAUUCUGAUUCAGAUAUUGUAUUUUCAGAUGAUGGAAAAGAAAAUUUAGCUUCAGAUGAUGAAUCAUUUGUUAGUAAUAAGAUUUCAUCAAAUAAUCAUGAAAAUUCAUUCACUAAAGAUGAUUAUGAUGAAUUUGAAAAUAAAUUUAGAACUUUUUUACUUGAUUAACAUCAUAAAACAUUCUAAUAAUAUAAUGAAGAUUAAGGUACUCAUUAAGAAUUAGCAGUUGAUAAUGAAGAUCAAACAGAUUUAAUAGAUUAUUUCUCUAAUUUUGCUAAUGAUAUUAUUACUUUAGUAUUCAAUCCAUUUAUAACUACAAUUAUGUGGUUUUUUUAUGAUGAAUCUAAUUUAUUAGCUGAUUAUUAAAUUAAUAAGAGUGAAUUCAUAUAUUAUUUUUUAUGGACAAUCAUUUUAAUUCCAUUUUAAAUGAUGAUUGAUACUUUUGGUUAUAAUCUAGUUGAAUAAUAUCAUGAAUUAGAUUUUCUAACUUAUAUAACUAAUACAAGAGAAAGAUUCAGAAAUAGAAAUCUAUUUUGGAAAGCUAAUGAAUUUUAAAAUGAUUUAAAUUGUGAAACUUGUUUUCGUUCUCUUGAUUGUAAUAAUAUAAUCAUAUAUAAUAGAAUGGUGUUAUUCAUCUUAAUUUUAUUUUAUAACUACUUUAUAAGUUUGUGCUAUCUAAAUGAUCAUAUUUGGUUCUCACAUCAUCUAUGUCAAUUAAUAUAAUAUAUUUAAUGAUGAAGGUAUAUAUAUUAUUUAAUUAACAUAUAGCUCUAAUUUUUAUUAUAUUCUUUUGGGUUGUUGUAGCAUUCUUUUUACAUCAUCUAUUUAUUGAAAUAGGAAAAAGAUUAAAAAUAUGGGAUAUUUCCAGUAGAGUAUCACCUCAAGAUGAAUAAGUAAUGUCUUCAAUUGGUGAUAUUGAUAAAUUAUCAACUAGUCAAAUUCCUUCAGGACCUAAACUUCUUAUACCAAAUUGGAAUCAAGCAAUAGAGUUUAGAGAAUAAACUGAACGAUUAUCAGAAAUCAAUAAUAAUUUCUAAGAUUUUACAAAUGAUCAUUUCAAAAAGUUAUUUAUAACUUCUAAUAAAUAAUGGUUAGCAGAUAAUAUUUAAAUAAUGUAUCAAAUAUAUAUAUAUAUUUAUAGAUUAAGUCCAAAAACAUUAAAAUCAAAAAGAAAAAUAAUUUUAGAUAAAUUUAAUGCUAUUUAUGGUCCUUUAGAAAAAAAGAAUGAAGAAGAUCCUGUUGCUGGAUUUGAUAAUGCUUGGAAUUUUAGAUAAUUUACUAAAAAUUCUUCAAGAACAGAAAUGGCUCGCACUUCUCCAUAAAAAUUCAAUAAAAGAAUUGAUAAUAUGAGUGAAGCAACAAAAACUAUUUUGAAAUAUUGGUUGUAUCGUUCUAGACAUAUGAAAACAGCAAUUAAAUAUAUAGGAGGAUUACUUGAAAAAAUAACUAAACCAUUUUGUGAAUAUUGUGGUUUGAAUUGGGGAUUAGGAGUAGAUACUGAAACUAGAAUUGAAGAUAUCUAUUUAAGAUUCUUAAAAUAGAAAGGAUUAAAGGGUAUAUCAUUAAAUAUGGGUACUGAAAUAGAUGAUUGGUAGAAUUUCUUCCCAAAAUAAUGUAAAUUUAGAACCACUUGUUUCAUUUGCAAUGGUAUCUUAAGAUAUUUAUUAUUUUAGUAUUUAUGGUAGAAGAGAUGUAGAAAGAUAAAGUUAAAUCAUAAGGUGAAUAGAAAUUAGUAGUAUAGAAGAAAAAGAAUAAGUAUACGUUAAAGAAAGUAGCAAAUCUUAUUCUAAUCAUGAUAAAAUUCAUAGACAUAGCUUAGAAGUUAGCUUUUUAGAAUUAAUGA